UCAGGUCUGACGCCGACUCCGGACGACUCGGACUCGUCGAUGAUGUCAAACGUGAACCAUAAGCACGAAGUGGACGCCGAGGUUCACGUGGACGCCGUGUCCGGUGGUGGCGAUCCGCGUAACGCCUCCCGUUUGGCCCAAAUCAAGGCCUACAGCCGUUCCCUAUCGCACUCGUCGAUGAGCACCCGGACGGACGUCGAGCCGUACGACGAGGACGAAGAGGAGGACUUCGAGACGCUGUCCAACGACUACAAGAAGACGGUGCGCGAGGAAAAGGUUAAACUUCAGCAGCAUUUCGAUCGCCAGAUGUCCACCACGGAGGCCAUGAAUGUGCGACUCGUGGACGCCAUACAAGAGUCUCAGCCGCCCCUCGGCUCAGAUCAGCCACCGAUCAUGAAUGGGGAGAACAGCUCGGGCUAUGACUUGACUGAAAUCAAGGAUGAAAACGGACAGACAGUUCUCCAUCAGUUGGCCGCUAAACAUCAUCAGAGAUCCGUAUUUUACAAAAUGUUAAGUGAAGCGGAAUACCUGAUACCGGAAAGGGAUGCAAAAUACCGUACAAUACGUGACAUAACAGUGGAGAAUGGCAUCAAAGAUAACCUACAAGUCGUGGAUCAGUACAUUCUGGACACAUUUGUCAAGGAGAAUAAGACCCUGGUCAGGACACUGGCACUCGAGGGCUAUAAUAACUUACUGACGGUCGUGGACGCCGAUGGGCACGACGUGAUCGCCACUCUCAAGAGGUAUAACAAGAUAUCGAUGCAGGAGUUCGUCCAAGACUUGGCUCAGUUUCAGAAAAAUCGCGACGAAUUGCACACAUUUAUACGGCACGGCUAUGCAGAGGGUGUAUGCAAUCUGGUGGACACGGACAGCGAGCUUGUGAUAGCAAAAAGUGAGCAAGGUAGGCACGCCUUACACAUAUCGGUGCUGUUCGCUAACCUCGACAUAAUCAAUGCGCUAAUCGACGCCAACCCUCAGGCGGUCAACACUCCCGACAACUUGGGUCGAACUCCACUCCACUACGCUAUGGCCAGUAGUCUAGUGGAGGAGAUCGGACGGGUGCUCAUACGUGCCGGUGCUAACAGAGCGCUCCGGGAUGUGCGUAUGCGAACUCCGAGCUAUUAUUUCGUAUACAAACAGGAGAUCAGAGAUAUCAAGGAGGAGGAG